AUGAUGAAGGUGCAACGAGAAGACCAGACAAAACGCAUCACUAAGGACAGACAAAUGCAAACCAAUCUAAUGAGUGAGGAGAGACUUGAAAAUAAGCGAUACCUACGCAAGGUGCAAGACGAGCUGCACGAAAGCCAAAUUGAGGAUGCUCUCUUAAGGUAUGCAUGCAAGGCAGUGGAGGAGAGAAUAUACAAGGAAAAGCAACUGGAACAAGAGAGAAUGGCACAAGAACUAACCCGCAUCAGCUAUGUAAAGCUUAGAGAUGAAAAAAUGAGGCAAUAUAUAAAAGAGAACAGUGUUGAACUCCAUGAGUUGGAGAGGAAGCUCAAGUCUGCAUACCUAAACCAGGAGAGGGCCGCACAGAUUGCUGAAAAGGUCAGAUAUGAGACAGUGCGUCUGGAGGCUGAUAUUGCUCGUAAGAUGAAGAGCGAGCAUGAGCAGGCCUCUGUGGAGCAGGAGAAGCAAGACCAUAAGCGCUACGAGGAGGUGGUGCAGUACCAGCUGGAGCAGCAGCUGAAGGAGAACGAGCACAAGAGACAGGAGGCUUAUGAGGAGUUCCUCAAGGAGAAACUCAUGGUUGACGAAAUCAUCAGGAAGUUUGAGGAUCAAAUGGAGAGGCAGUUAAGACUGGAGAAGAUAACAGCCACUCAAAGGUACAUGGAGUUCAAGAGCCAGCAGACUGAGUGGAGACUGAUGGAGCAGGAGAAGAUGUAGGCUGAGAACAGAUGCAUCCUGGAAUUUGCCAGUUACCAGCCUAAGGAGAAGAGCAGAAUGGAGAAAGUCAGAGAACGAGAGCAGGCAAAAGAACACCUUCACCAGAUGCUCACUGAGAAGAUUGAAAUGGAGAGGCAGCAGCGUGACGAGAUGGAGCGUGUUCAUGAAGAGCUUUGUCAGGAGGAGCAAGUCGAGGCUGCAAGGCAUAAACAAAUCGAAGAUAUGGAGAAGAGAAUCAGACAGAGGCUGGAGUUGCAGCAGACCUGCCAAGAGAAAAUAGCCUUCAAGGAAAUGCGGAGGCAGGCUGAGAAGGUGAAGGAGGCCUUCAGGCAGAUGAUGAUGGCUGAGGACGACCGCAUAGAGCAGAUGAAUGCCCAGAAACAUCGCAUGAAGCAGCUUGAGCACAAGAGGGCUGUGGAGAAACUGCUGGAGGACAGGAGACAGCAGUACCUGGCUGACAAGGAACUUGAGGCUGAAGAAAGAGCAAUGGAACAGGAGAGGGAGACAUUGCGUCGACAGAUCAUUGAGGAGGAAAGGUAAAGACUUCUCAAACUCCAUGCCACAAAACUACUGGUAAGGGAGGAGGUUGGCAUAAUCUGGGAAGAUGACCUUGAACACUUUGAUGAGGACUUCAGAAGAAAUUUCCAAAAGCGACAGGCCGACAUCUUUGAUGAAGAGGGCUGGAGAGAUGAUGAAUAA